UAGCAAUAGUUGAUAGGGGGAGUUGUCAACAGUAAAGACGGUGGCUUUGCCUUAAAUUGGGAUUGGGUUUUUCUACGAUUUGAUACGAUUGGGGAGGGGGAUUUGGAUUUGGAGAUGGGUUCUUGCUACUCCAAAGCCAGAGGUAGCGGGAUGGCUAAAUCUACAGCUACAGCUACAGAAGCAGCAUGUGCUUCACCCUUGAAGCAGAAGCAGAGGCAAGGGUCGCGUAGAUGGAGAAAGAAAGCAGAUUGGUCAAGGUCCAUGGAUGAGGCAGACCUCCGGAAUAUAGCUGGGACUGGGAGGAUGUUUAUCAACGGUGCUACCAAGUCUGCAUGCCUGUAUACGCAGCAGGGCAAGAAAGGUACCAAUCAGGAUGCCAUGCUCGUUUGGGAGAAUUUCAGUUCAAGGAACGAUACAGUAUUCUGUGGGGUAUUUGAUGGUCAUGGUCCUUAUGGUCAUAUGGUUGCUAAUAAAGUUCGGGAUUCUCUUCCUCUCAUCCUGUGUACCCAAUGGAAUGGUAUUUCUGCUGGUGAUGAGAUCAAUCUAUGUAAGACAACUGUUUCUGAGGAUGCUGCAUCUUUGAGCAUGGACGAUGAGUGCUCUGAGUUGUUAGAUAUUGAAGAAAAUGAACAACUCCCUGAUUUGUAUUGGCAACUUAAACAGUCUAUACUGAAGGCCUCCAAGUUGAUGGACAAGGAAUUAAAGUUGCACCCAACAAUUGAUUGUUUCUGCAGUGGCUCAACUGCUGUUAUUUUGAUAAAGCAGGGUCAGGAUCUUGUAAUUGGAAAUGUUGGUGACUCAAGAGCGGUGCUGGCAAUGAGAGACAAAGAUAACUCUUUGAUGGCUAUGCAAUUGACAGUUGACUUGAAGCCUGAUCUGCCAAGGGAAGCUGCAAGGAUCCAGCAAUGUAAAGGAAGGGUCUUUGCCCUGCAGGAUGAACCAGAGGUUGCACGUGUAUGGUUACCUAAUAAUGACUCACCUGGUUUGGCAAUGGCCAGAGCUUUUGGAGACUUCUGUCUGAAGGAUUUUGGUUUGAUUUCCAUCCCGGAUAUCUUCUAUCACCACCUUACUGAAAGAGAUGAAUUCAUUAUUCUUGCUACUGAUGGGGUUUGGGAUGUUCUCUCAAAUAAAGAAGCAGUAGAUAUUGUGGCUUCAGCCCCUAGCCAUGCAACAGCAGCCAGAGCUCUUGUAGAUUGCGCUACUCGAGCAUGGAGGCUUAAAUACCCUACUUCCAAGAAUGAUGAUUGUGCUGUUGUAUGCCUCUUUCUAGAUGAUCUACAUUUAAAAAGUGGAUCUCCAGAAGAAAAAAACAUGAUAGCUCAUAAGGAAUCAGCAGUGAUGGUGGUAACUGAUGAGAAUAAUGUGGAUUCUAAUGCUCCUAGCCCGAAGCAUUCUAGUCCUCAAGGAAGUUUUGAUGAGAUUGUCCCUGUUUCUGAGCCAACGGAGGCAACGUUCUCAGGAAAGUGUUCAGGCCAGUCCAAGAGGAGCCUCGCAGAGUGCAUUUCAGUUACUGAUGAUGAGGAGUGGUCAGCCUUAGAAGGCAUCACCAGGGUUAAUAGUUUAUUAAGCCUUCCCAGGAUUCUCUCUGGUGACAGAAGAUCAGCCAGUUGGAGAAAGUGGUUAUGAAACAAGCAAUACUUGCAUCAAAAUCAGAAGUUGAAUAUUCUGCAGUGAGUACAUUUUUGAAGAGUUUAAAAUAAUGUUCAUUUGAAGUUGGAGAACCUGUAGGUUUGGAGUUCCAGAUGCAGAUGACAGGUACCAAAUUAUUCUCAGAUCUAUCUUAUGCGUGGAUGAAGAUCUUUAAUAGUAUUUGCUGAACUGAACGAAGUAGUCUCGUAUGCUGCUUGGAUUGGCCAUCCAUAAUGUUCCUUGAGCAUUAUAAAUAGUGCAUUCUAUUUGGUGAAUUAUAAAAAAUGCAUCUUUAAUUUUUUAUACCAUGUCUGGACUCUGGACUCUGGAUUGAAAAUUGUAGUAAAGGAAAGGAAGUGUUUCGUUUAUUGGCCACAAGAAAAGGGUUUAUAUGAGGAAGAAAGUGCUUGUUGUGCAGGCAAUUCA